UAAUUUGGUUUUAUACCAAAAAAAUUACAAAAUAAAUAGCGACCAAUAAUGAAUCAAACAGAUGACAUUCAGGAAUUGGGUUUGAUUAAAAGAAUUUCAUUAGUAAAAAGUGGGUCGAAUUUGUCUCCUGGAAAGAGCCCUACAAAAAGGGGUCAAGUAAAAAUCACAUAUGGCAGCAUUAAAAACUAUAUCAUGGAAGACCCAAAGAAUAGAUAAUUUUAUGAUAUUUAAAAAAUGCAGCAAUACUUUAGGACACUACCUUAUUUUGAUAAAAUAUGCUCUAAAUUAGAUAUAACUAGAUAAACAACAGUAUUAGAAAAGUUUUGUAAAAAGUUACGUUAUAUGACUCAAGAUAAAGGCGAGUUUUUAUUUAAACAAAAUGAAAAAUCAGAAUAUUUUUAUAUACUUCUUGAAGGAAAAGUAAGUUUAUUGAUUCCGAAAAGGGAUGAUGUAAUUGAACAAGAAAAGUAAAAUUUACCUGUUAAAGUAGCAAAGAAUUUAUAGAAGUAAGUAGCUCUUUUCUAUGAAUCUUCACCUUCAAGUAGAAUAAAGACCUUUCUAGGUCGCAAUUUUCAUCAUCAAGAUUCUAUUAAUAGAUAAAGUAUAACAAAUUUAAUAAGGGAAGAUUCACCUAGAAUUAUUAUAUCUGAUUUGACUCCACAAUCUAGUUAGACUCCAAUAGAUAGUAAAAAGAAAUAAUCAUUUUUUAACCUUUAAUCGAUUUCACCUAUCCGUUAACCUUCUGUUAAUCCUUCACCAUUUAAACUAAAGCACUAAGCAGAGCAAUCUAUUGCAUAAUUGGAAAUAUAACAUUGCAUUUAAAGCAAUAAAAACAGUAAUAGUAGAAGUUCACUUAAAGUUGUAACAAAAUCAAACAGAGGGAGUACAAAAAGUAUGUAGACUUUAGAAAUAAUCAACUCAAUUAUUCCUAAAAUUGUUAAACAAUAAUUCUCUAAAGAGUAUUAAUAAAUUAUAGAGGAUUAAGCCAAACAAUUUGAUUUAUCUGUUGAAGGAGAAGGUGAAUAUUAUGGAAGCAUUUACGAAUAUCUUUUUGAUGGGCAUGUUUUUAAAUACACUUUUGGCAAAAUUUUAUAAUCAGGUGAAGCUAUUGGAGGAGUUGAUAUCCUAAAUAACAAAAGCAGGAGAGAAGCAGUAUUAUGCAUAGAUGAUUGUGAAUUGUGUUGUAUCAGCAAAACAGAAUAUAUAGAAAUUCUCAAAGAAAUUGAAGAAUCUAAAUUCAAUAAAAAACUAAAUAGACUCAUCGAAAGUCUAGAUCCUGAAAUACCUCAUCUAAGAAGACUAAUGGGAAGAAUGGUCCCAUAUUUGAAGAAGCAAAAAUUCAAAAGAGGGUAAGUGAUAUACAAUCAGAAUGAAGAGAUAAAUGGAUGCUAUUUAAUAACACAAGGGGAAAUUGAAAUUGUUAAAGAACUAAAAAUGGUACCUCCAGAAAAUCAUAUUGAGAAAUAUGCUUAUCGGCAAAUUUAACCGAAUGUAUAGAGGCACUCAUUAGCUUGUGUUUCUGUUGGGUAAUAUAUUGGUGAGGAGGAGCUUUUACUAAGUUAAGACUAUAGGAACUCUAGCGCUAUCUGCAACUCAUAUGAGUGCAAAGUUUACUUUAUUGAGAAGCAACAUUUCCUGAAACUUAUUACUGACCAGUUGGACAUUAGAAUUGCUUUCGAAAAAGCAAUAAAGCAAAAAGAGAAAUUCAAUUCUCAAAAAUUUAAGAACCUUUAGAAAAUAAUUUAAAGCAAUUACAAUGAAAAAUUUUAAAUAAGGGAUACUUCAUCAAGAGAACACUUGCUAAAAUACAAAGAUGACAAGAAUCAAUUUAGAGAUUGCUACUAAAAAAUUAUCUAUUUAGAAAUGGAAAAUCAGAAAAAGAAGGAGAUUCCAAGCAACUAAGAAAGUAUUGGGGGAGUAGCAAAGCAAAAAAGAACAAAUAAAAAUUAGCAGUCAAACGACUAAUGUAAGAGAAUUAUAUUGUAAAAGAAAUCUGCUUCUGCACACAAUUAAAGAGAUAAGUAGCUGAAUACAUUGAAUAUAACUUUGAAAAUUAAGGAACAUUAGAAUAAUACAGCAGAAGCUCUCACAAAUUAUUACAUAAAAUCUUAAAGCUAAAUAGAGUAAUAAAAAGAAAAUAAAAUAGUUUCAUAAAAAAGCAUUUCUCUCCACUUACGAACACAACCAGAUGAAUCUCAUGAUAGUCAUGAUGAAGAGACAUUUCCAAAAUCGAACAAUGAAAAAAAACCAAAACUUGAUAUUUUAGAGUAUUUUUUAAAAGGAAAUAAGCAUGCAAAAUGUUAAGUGAGUAAACAUCUCAAAAAUCUUUAAAAAAAAGAAUCCAACAAAGAAAAAAUGAGUAAAACUUUAGGCUCUACAUUUUUUUUAGGAGUUUAUCAAAAGAUAGCAGAAGAUUUCAACUAGAAAAAAUAGUAAGAAGAAUAAAAUUAGAUUUUUCAUUAGUAAAACCAAGAAUAAAAUACUUAUAAAACUAAAAAUAUACAUGUGCUCUAGCAGUAAUCUUAAAACCAGUAAGUUUAAUAAAGCUCAUAAAAAUCACAAAUUUUAAAUAACUCUCAGCAAGAAAAUCAGCAAGAUAAAGUUACUUUUUGCGGUCCUACAACUAGGCCCUACACUCCUGAACUAGAUACAUGGAAAUAAAAUAACUUUAAAAGGCUAUCAUAAAACAAGACAUUAUAAAAUAGCAAAACUGACCCUUAGAAUUAAGAAAUAAAAUAGCUACACAAUUAAACUAAAUUAAACAGUUUUGCUCUCAACCUUUCUUACAACAGGAAUCAUGAGCUUCACUUGAUAAAAUCACAUAAAUGUUUUUAGAAAUCUCAUAUAUCAGUACAAUAAAUUAUAAAGAAAACUAAUUAAAUUGUAACUUUGGGAGAUUACUAAAAGCAACAUACUAGUUCAAAGAAAUAAUUAGAAGUUUAAAAGUAGGAAAAUUAAAUUGACUAAGAAGAGGCUUUAAAUGAUGCUAAAAAUUAUAACUUCUUUGAAGAAAAACAGAUGUAAACUUAAGAUAAAAUAGUAGAGAUGCAAAAGAAACAGAUGCAAUAAUCAAAUACAAUAGAAACUUAUGUUAAAUAAUUUGGAGAAUAAUCAACAAACUAUCAUUUCAAUUAAUCUUUCAAACCAAACCAAAGAGCAAUAAGUGCAAAAAAUUUAAAGUAUGUAAAUGGGAAGAGAACUAGAAACAUCUCCACAGAUAGAGAUACUAACAAUUAAAGCACCACAAAUAUAUCUAAUCAGAAAUUAAAUAGAACUGAUUUAUCUUUUGAUUCAAAAUCAGUAAGUGUCAUUAUUGUUAAUCAUAUGGGAUAACCUCGUAAAUAUGUUUAUUGA